CCCCUGUUGUGGCUCGCGCUCCUCUGCAGUCGGUGUUGAGCGGUAAGCGCGUGAGGUCCCUGAGAACAUACCAGAGGUUCCGUCCGCUCCGGACAUGUCCCGGAAAAGGGGCGCUGAGGCCGGACCGCUACCCGAACACGUCCCGGAGAGGAAGAAGGCCUGCUGGGGCAUUCUGACCAGCCAAGGGUCCUGGGCAGAUCGCUCCCCUCUCCAUGAAGCAGCUUCUCAGGGUCGACUGCUUGCCCUGCGCACUCUGCUGGCCCAGGGAUAUCACUCCAACAUUGUCACCAUCGAUCACGUGACCCCUCUCCAUGAAGCCUGCCUGUCAGGACACGUAGCCUGUGUCAGAGCAUUAAUAAAUGCUGGAGCUAAUGUGAAUGCUGCUACCAUCGAUGGCGCCACUCCUCUGUACAACUGUUGUGCCUCUGGGAGUGUCAGCUGUAUGGAACUGCUGCUGCAGAAUGGAGCGCACACACACAUGCCACACACACACUUCCCCUCAGCUCUGCACGAAGCCUGCAAGAGAGGUAAUAGCCAGUGUGUAGAGUCCCUGCUGUCUCAUGGAGAAGAUCCAGACUAUGAAGUGUCCCACCUGGGCUCUCCUCUGUACGUGAGCUGUCUACACCGACACACAGCCUGCUCAAAGACUCUGCUGCACAGAGGAGCCAGUGUUAAUGUAGGCAGAGGAGGGGACAGUCCUCUGCAUGCAGCGGUCAGACAGGACAGUGCUGAUCUGGUGUCAGUGUUACUGGACUAUGGAGCUGAUGUCAACAUCAGAGACAGUAACAAUCAGCGACCUGUGGAGCUAGCGCCUCCUGGUGGAAAAACACAACAGCUGCUACUGACAUUUGAAGUUUCUCCGAGGAGUCUCUGCCAGUUGUGUCGUCUCCAGAUCAGGAAUUUGAUUGGCCGAUCCAGGCUGAAGCUGCUCCCCCUCCUUCCUCUCCCUUCCCUGCUCACUCACUAUCUGGAGCACACGUAGGAUGAUAGGCGUGCCAAGCCCCUUAAUAACCACAUUUCAUGUUAACAUAUCACCACGACUUCAGAUGCAUGGUUGAGUUUGGCUACUACAACAUCAUUACAUCAAAUUACCGUAGGAUUUACUGUGCUGCACACUCUGGUACACAGUACAUUGCCUUUGUGUUGCCAUAAUUGACACAGUCUCUGUUUAUUUUACGUUUCCCUUUCAGACGAUUGUCUGACCGAGAGUGACAGCUGAUCCAGACUUUGAACUCAUUUUGGCUUCAUAUGUUGGAAAAGCACAAUAUGUCACUUGAAUUUAUUUUCCAUCAGCAAGUGCUGGCCUUCAAGUAUCUGUAUGUAUAUGUAAAUACCAAUAAACGAUCCAUGACAAGA